UAUACAUAUAUAUAUAUAUAUAUAUAUAGUUAAAAUUCAAGGAACGUACACAUGCAGCAGUCUGAUGUAUUUACUCCCGUGUGCUUUGGCAAACUAGAACAUUGUAAAUAUGACACAUUCAGUAAAGUACAAAUUCAGAUUGUCCCAUAGGGAUGAACAUUUACACAUUACAUUGAGUAAAAUGUAAUCAUUUCUUUGAUUUUAUGUUUUAUACAUCUUAUAGGCCUACAGUAACAAAACAACAACAACAACUCAAUUACCCAGGUGUAAUCUGACUGUGUAUUUUAGUCUUACGAAGUCACAUCGAGUAAUUAUAGGUGAUCUGUUCAGGUUAUCUGUUCUGACAAAGUCAGCUGGGGUAAACUCCAUCAUGACUCUGAAUAAAAACAGAUACACAAAUGUAUGGGAUCCGCAUGUCGCUUUUGUGUUGCAACUUGUGUUAUUUUAUUAUCUUGCACUUGAUAUAACCACUAACAAGGUAGGGUCUUUUGGUAAAGCUUUGUGUUGUAUAUGGAUCAAUACUGUAUACUUCAAUUAUCGGGCCUGCAACUCGCUGUGGUUCUUUGUUAUUUUUAAAGUAACUUUCUUCUUAUCUUGCUUUUUCUUCACUGUAAUUAUGUCAUAUCUUUCCCCUCGUGCCUUUGUAACACUGACACACAUGUAUGCUUUUAACAUUUUGGAAGAACAUGUUAAGCUUAAGGUGCAAAUCAUUCAAUUUUAGACGUUAAGAAGGAAGCUGGCACAAUGUAACCGCCUGAAAAUGUUCAAUCCGUCUGACGCAAGCAUUCUGUUCAGUUUGACAAUAUAAUACACAUUUUCUAAUACACAUUUUGUUGCUCCACUUUAAAAUGUUAUGUUGUUAAAACUCGGUUUUCCCAUGAUAAAUAUAUUACUUUUUAUUCAAAUUAUGCAAUAAAAUUCAAACAUUUGAACAUAGGAGAGUUUUUCAUUGAAUCACGAGAACUGCAGUCUCUUGUUGUACAACAAUGAGAUAACAUGAUCAUUUUGUAAUGUUUUAUUACUUUUAAGAGGUGAUUUAAUAUUAUUGUAUAUUUGUUUCUCCUUUUGAAUGUUAAACAUGUAUUUAUGUCUCACUCAUUUGCAGAAAAUAGGUUAAAUUGCAGCAAAUAGAACGACUGAAACAUACAUCAUUUAUUAAAGCGGACAAUAGAUAAACAUAUAUGUUCUCUCAUUAUUGUAUCUUGAUAAUAAUACAAUGCAGCAUAUAUAUGACAACCGCAAUUUUCUUACAGUACACAUGGUGUCAGUAGAGACCAGCAGCAGAUUCAUGCAGGCUUUGUUUGUGCUGUGCAACACUCAUUGUUGGAUUCUAGUGUUCUUCAUAGCGUUAAAGGAGGAGGACGAAGGCAAAAGGGUUUUUAGUGGUCGAAUGAUAUUUUGAAAAUUGAAAGUGUGUUCAAUUUAAGCGUUAAUAUCAGAGGAUGGCGCACACACGACGCAUGGAUCACAGAUGCAGCUUCAUCUUUUUCUUUGUUCUGCUCGAUUGCGCACACGGGGACCUGAGCUAUUCUGUACAAGAGGAGCUGAAACGUGGAUCUAUCAUUGGAAAUAUCGCCAAGGAUCUCGGAUUGGAGGUGGGGAAACUGUCUGCUCGCAAGCCUCGUGUCGACAUGGAAAGAAAUGACAAACAGUAUUGCGGAAUAAACCUCCGGACAGGAGAUUUAAUGGUUGCUGACAGGAUCGACCGAGAGGAGCAUUGCGGUGAAAAACCUUCCUGUGUUCUAAGAUUCGAUCUGCUGCUGGAGAAUCCUUUGGAACUACACAGGUUGUCUCUGCAAGUGCAGGACGUGAAUGACAAUGCGCCGAUUUUCCCUAAAGAUGUUGUGAGGCUGGAAAUUCGUGAGUCUGCCGACAAAGGAGCUAAAUAUCGCCUUAAUGCAGCACAUGAUGCAGAUAUCAGCACAAAUUCUGUUCAAAGGUACAUUUUACAACAAAAUGCUAAUUUUGUGUUUCGUAUUCAGACAACCAAUUCUGACAGUGAAUAUGGUGAGCUGAUUUUGGAUAAGGAAUUAGACAGAGAAGAACAGCAGGAAUUAAAAUUACUCCUUACGGCAGUGGAUGGUGGUUCUCCUCCCAGAUCUGGUACAGUAGUCAUACAUAUCAUUGUACUUGAUGCUAAUGACAACGCCCCAGUUUUUACUCAGGCUGUUUAUACAUCAUCUGUCAAAGAAGACGCCACACUUAAAACACCAGUUAUUACUGUGAGCGCAUCAGAUGCAGACGAGGGUGUUAAUGGUGAAAUAACAUACCAGUUCAGCAGAAUGUCUGAUAAAUCACGAAAUAUUUUUUCUCUCAAUGAUAAAACCGGAGAAAUAUUUGUUACAGGCGAGAUUGAUUAUGAAGAGAGAUCAACACAUGACGUGUUUGUUGAAGCUAAAGAUGGUUAUGGACUUUCUACUGUGACAAAAGUAGUAAUUGAUAUACAUGAUGUAAAUGACAACGCUCCUGUGAUCAAUUUAAAGUCACUGUCUAAUCCAGUACCAGAGAAUGUGUCACCUGGUACAGAGGUGGGCAUCAUUAAUGUUCAGGACAGAGACUCUGAGAAGAACGGACGGGUCCGCUGCUCCCUUCAACAAAAUGUCCCCUUUAAGUUAGUUCCUUCUAUUAAAAACUAUUAUUCUCUGGUGACUACUGGACAACUGGACCGUGAACUAGUGUAUGAUUACAACAUUACAAUCAGUGCCACUGACGAGGGCUCUCCUCCUCUGUCCUCCUCUAAAAGUCUCCACUUAUCUGUAGCAGACAUCAACGACAACCCACCUGUGUUUGAGGAACAGUCCUACAGUGCAUAUGUGAGUGAAAAUAACAAAGCUGGAUCCACUUUAUGUUCUGUUAGUGCUCGAGACCCUGAUUGGAGACAGAACGGUACCGUGAUUUAUUCUCUAUUAGCCACUGAGGUGAACGGUGCCCCGGUGUCCUCCUAUGUGUCUGUUAACGGAGACACAGGUGUGAUCCACGCUGUCAGGUCAUUUGAUUAUGAACACUUGAGGAGUUUUAAAGUCCACGUCAUGGCCAGAGACAACGGUUCUCCUCCACUGAGCAGCAACGUGAGCGUCAGUGUGUUCAUAUCGGAUGUGAAUGACAACUCUCCUCAGAUACUGUACCCCUCCCCAGAGGGUAACUCCUUCAUGACAGAGCUGGUCCCCAAAGCUGCACACGGAGGCUCUGUGGUGUCCAAAGUGAUAGCGGUGGAUGCAGACUCCGGACAGAACGCCUGGCUGUCCUAUCAUAUAGUCAAGUCCACUGAUCCGGGACUUUUCACCAUUGGUCUCCACAGUGGAGAGAUCAGGACCCAGCGGGACAUUUCUGAAUCUGACAGCAUGAAACAGAACCUGAUUGUGGCAGUGAAAGAUAACGGACAGCCCCCUCUCUCUGCCACCUGCUCCAUGUAUUUACUUAUUUCUGAUAACUUGGCUGAAGUGCCAGAACUGAAGGACAUUUCUUACGAGGAGAAGAAUUCCAAACUGACGUCUUAUCUGAUCAUCGCGCUGGUGUCUGUGUCCACCUUCUUUCUGACCUUCAUCAUCAUCGUCCUGGGUGUGAGGUUUUGUCGCAGGAGAAAGCCCAGACUGUUGUUUGAUGGAGCAGUUGCCAUCCCCAGCGCGUAUCUGCCUCCUAAUUACGCAGAUGUUGACGGCACAGGAACUUUACGCAGCACCUACAACUAUGACGCCUACUUGACAACAGGUUCUAGAACCAGUGACUUCAAGUUUGUGUCUUCUUACAAUGACAACACGCUGCCUGCUGACCAGACUCUGAGGAAAAGUCCUUCUGACUUUGUUGAUGAUCUUCACGAUUCUUUCGACCCUUUGGAGCUUAACCAAGUGGACUCUAUGUCUGACUACCAGCUGUUGAAAGGGAGGAUGACGUUUCCCCCUUUAAAAGUUUUUGGGGCUAAUUGGCUUCAGAUCUCGCUGUCCUUGUUCAAUUGA